AUGGACUUCAAAAACUUCAAUUCCGCCGCUCCCGCCGCUCCCGCCGCGCGCCAGCAACCCGCGCCCCCGCACGGCCGGUUGAACCGGUCCGUCAGUCAGAGAGUUGCCGGUGACGUGACGUUAACGGCGGAGGAGUUGGCUGAUAUGGAGCAGGAAAUGGUUAAGUCUAAGACGAAGGUCAUGGCAUGGUUUACGAAAUCGGAGUCGGAAGGUGCGCCAAUCACCGCUCCCCCGCCGGCCGCCUCUCCUUUCGAGGAAGUCGGCGGACUCGAAAUUCCGCCUAUGGGGAAAAAAGGGCUUCCGCCGAGGCGGGGGGACGCGCACGGUCCGCCUCCGCACGGGAAGCCGCCGGCGCCGCAGGAUUUGCGGAAAUGCGCGACGCGGGUGUUUUCGUCGCAGCACGUGCCGGAGUGGGUCGGCAAGGGGGACAGCGGCGCGUUCAAGCGGUCGCAAUCGUGCCGCGAAAUGGGCCAAUCAGGGAGCGUUCUUAGAUCGCGUUCGGUAGAGGGCCCUGGAGUGAUGUACAGACCGUCAGGAGCAGGAGGAGCAGGAGGGGCAUUAGGAACAGGUUCUCCCUACGACUCUGUAGGGAGGAGGCCAGGAAUGCCAGGCGGACCGGGUGGGAAUAAAGACCUAGCGAAGGUUCUAUCGCGGACGGAGCAAGCAGCGGAGAAAGUUAAGAUGCUGCUAAACCGGCCGCCGGACCGCCGCCUUACGCGGUCACUAAGUGCGAUGAAAAAGAACGACCGGGUUAACCUGGGAGUGGGGGGGAUGGGGCCGGUCGGGGGCGUGGGGGGAAACUACAGCCCCGGACACGCGGGCGCGUAUGGGUACGCGGGGGAGGGCAGCAGCGGAGGCGGGGGCGGAGGCGGGCGGGGGAGCGUGGGCGGAAUGGCUGCUGGCCCGCGCGGGGACCUGCACUUGCGGCGAGCGUUUUCGGAAGAUAGGCGCGCGCUCAACUCCGCGCCAAUGCCCGCGAGGGGCAGCUUUGCGCCGCCAGGCGGAGGUGUGGGCGCGCGGAGGGGGGAGGAUCCGCGGCAGCGAAUCCUUGCCCCGCGCGGGCUGGGGCAUUCGGGGGACAACAGCCCUAGCCGCUCCCCCGCGCGCCCGCUCGGGGGAGGCGCCACGUCAGCGCCGCGUCAGCAUUACAGAGACGAAGACGGGCGGGGGAGUCAGGGGUAUGAUGACUAUAGUCGGAGCCCCUCCCCCGAUAGGAAGGGGAGGGGUGGGGGGAGAGGAGGCGGAAGGGCGGGAAGCAGCGGACUGAGAAGGAAUGGGUAUGAUGAGGUUGAGAGGGGUAGAGGAGGGUGUGAUGAUGACUCGAGAUCUGGGUCUUCGUGUGAUGACUAUGAUGGGGGCAGGAGGAGGAGGGGUGAUGAGUAUGAUGAUGGGGGCAGGAGGAGGAGGAGAGAUGAUGAUGCUGAUGAUGGGGACAGGAGGAGGAGAGAUGAUGAUUAUGACGAUAGGAGGAGAGAUGAUGAUUAUGAUGGUAGGAGGAGGAGGGGGGGUGAUGACGAUGGGUAUGACCCGAGGGGGGCUGGGCGGGAUAGGGAGAGAGAUGGGGGGAGAGUUGGGGAGAGGGAGAGGGAGAGGGAGAGGGAGAGGGGGAGGGAGACGGAAGGGGAGAAGGGAUGGGACAGGGAGAGGGGCAGAUACGAGGAGGCGGAUGAGGAGGAGGAACGGCGGUCGCGAGAUGAUUGGGAGAGAGGGAAUGGGGGAAGAGGGGAUGGAGGUAGGGGAAACGAUGGAAGGGGGGUUGUGGGAAGAGGGGUUGGGGGAAGAGGGGAUGGGGGGAGGGGUUAUGGAGGGAGGGGGGAUGGCGAGAGGGGGGAUUGGGGGGAUGGGCGGAAAGUGGUCAGAGAUCCUGGGGGAGGGAGUGGAAGGGAGAGGAGGGAGGAGUGGAGGGAGGAAGUGCGAGGAGGGGAAAGGGAGGAGGACAGAGGAGAGGGGAGGGUUGGUGAGGGUGGGGAAGGGUACAUUAGCGAGGGUAGUGGAGAGAGGGAGAGUGACUAUGUUGAGAGAGACAGUGUGGAGGGUGACUAUAACGAGCGGGAAAUGGGUCGAGAUAGGCACGGGUGUGAGUAUGAUGAUGGGUAUGGGGAGGAGGAGUUGAAGGUUAUAGAGGAUGGAGUGAGGGAGAUGGGGAGAGGCGGAGAGGAGAUGGGUAUGGAGAGAGUGAGGGAGGAGGAGCAGGAGGAGGAAGCAGAAGAGGAGGAUGAGGGGCAGGGCGCGUACGAGGUUGACCCACCGGGGAGGGGGGGUUAUGGUUACAGACGUGGCGAAGAUUCUGGUUACCACAAUGACGUCACUGCUGAGCUGGCACAAGAUCCUCAUGCGCAUCCUGAUGACGUGGCAGCUGGCCAUCAGGGGCAUUAUAACGAAGAGGAGUAUGGUGAUGGUGGUGCUUAUAGUGGUGGUGAUUAUCCUGGGGAGCAUGGGGGUGUUGAUGGGGCAUAUGAUGGGGAUGUGCAUGAAGGCUACGACGGGGAUCAGUUGCAUGGAAAUAGUGAGGAUGUUUAUGGUGAGGAUGGGCAUGCCAAUCAUGCAGUUCACAGUAGACAGAGUAACGAGGAUGCUUAUAUAGGUGCUCAGGAUGGUUACCACCAAGAUGGUAACCACCAGGACGGUUACCCGCAGGACAGUUACCAAGAAGACGGUUACCAGCGGGACGGUUACCACCAAGAUGCUUAUGCUGCUGCUGAGGAUAAUUACGAUGAUGAUAUAGGUGGUUACCACCAUAGUAGCCACAACACCACCCCAUCAAGACACGCUACUGCCAGCCAUCCUUCUCAAUACUCCUCCUCUCCCCACCAUCGGUCUGCUAGCUACUCCCCUCAACAACCACCCAGCGGAUAUUCCCACCAAAACUCGCCUGCUGUGUCCUCCCCGCAACAAUCGUCUCACCACUCCUUCCCUCACUCACAGACCUCGCCCUCCCAACAGAGACAGCAGCAGCAGGGAGUGGCGCGAUCUCCUUCUAAUCAUAACCAGAACUUGAGAUCCCCCUCCCAGCACCUGCAGCAGCAGCAGCAUCGAGUGUCCUCCUCCCCCAAACAUCCCUCCCAGCUCUCUCCUCCAAGCAACUACCACCAGCAGCAGCAGCACCACCACCAACACCAGCAGGAGCAGCAGCACCACCAUCAGCAGCAGAAAAUGCUGCCACAGCAGCAACAGGGCAAAAUCUAUUCCCCACACACGCAGCACCACAAUCAGCACCAUCAGCAACAGCAUCAGCAGCAGCAGCAGCAGCAGCAGCAGCAUAGCAGGCAACAAACCCAUCCCUCUGCCCCGGGCCACACAAGAACCGCCUCCUACAGCAGUGGGAGUCCUGCUGCAGCUGGUUCUCCUGGGUUAGGAGGAGUUGUGAGCGGUGCAGGUGGCAGUUCUGCUGCUCCUGGAGGAGCGGCAAUGUCAGGCCGAUCCUUGUCAUUUGCCACUGGGCGUUCUCCUAUUGGCCAUACACGAUCCAACUCCCAGAGCUUACCACUCACGAGAGGCCACGUGUCACCAGGGGGGGGAAGGGGCGGGGAUGCGGCAGGGGCGGCGGUGCUGACGCCGCCGCCGCCCGGUGCGUCGCUAGCUGGGUGGUCCAGGUGGCGCAAUAUCAUUGGCCGGCCGUUGGAGAGCUUUGCCGCCCGGUUUGAGCUGACAGGGGAGGUGCUGGGGAAGGGGUAUUUCGGAGACGUGGUGGUGUGCGUGGAGAGAAAAAGCGGGGAGCAUUUCGCAUGUAAAGUGAUCAACAAGGAGAAUGUGAAGACUCCCGAGGAUGCAGAGGACGUGCAGAACGAGGUGGCGGCCCUGGAGGCGCUGAGAGGGCACCGGCACAUCGUGCAGCUCAUAGAGACGGUGGAGGAGCCAGAGGCGCUGAGAGGGCACCGGCACAUCGUGCAGCUCAUAGAGACGGUGGAGGAGCCAGAGGUAAACGAGUCUGCUUAUAACAAGUAUGAGACUGUGGCCCCCGAAUGCCCCUCACCCUUCUCCCCCCUUCCGCUGCCCACUUCCCGCUACCUACCGGACGGUACGGUCUAUCUGGUGAUGGAGCUGUGCCAAGGAGGGACACUACAGCAGGCAAUCAGGGAGCAAGGGCCGUUCAACGAGCCCCAGGCAGCAGCGGUGGUGGCGGCAGCAGCGGAGGCGCUGCUGCAGUGCCACUCCAACGGCAUCAUUCACCGCGACGUGAAGCCCGAUAACAUCCUGCUCGGGGAUCGUUUGGACGUUUCUGGGGGAGGCGUACCUGGGGACGUGAAGAUCUGCGACUUUGGAAUUUCCACCUUCUUUCAGCCAGGCACGAGCUGCUCUGAGAUUGUGGGAACGGCCUCUUUCCUCUCCCCUGAAAUGCUCGCCCAGACCUACUCCUGCCCCACCGAUAUCUGGAGCCUCGGCGUGUUACUGCACCUGCUGCUCUCGGGAUUCCUCCCCUUCCGCGCGCCGUCCAAAGAGGCCGUCUUCGAGGCGAUUCUGGACGGCAGAGUGGAUUUCCGGGCGGCGCCAUGGCCGAUUGUGUCGCUAGCUGCCAAGGAUCUGGUGUCUAGAAUGCUGACCGUUGAUCCGGAUGAGCGCAUCACAGCCGAGGAGAUUCUGAGUGAGUGGAGCGGGGGGGUUGGGCUAGGAGGAAAGUAA